AAGCCCAGAAAGAGGUGCAGUGCCAGUGUAAAUUGGAAGCACAGGAGGUAGAUACAGAUUUAGGGCCAAAAGGAAAAAGGGGAAUAUUAACAACAAUUUAAAAAAUGAAGGGAUAUGGGGAUCAAACUAGAUGCUAAUGUGUGUGUGGAGGUGGAGGACAGUGAGAAAAGAUGCAGAGCAAAUGAGAUGCUGAGUGGCAUAAAAGAAGGAGAGGGAGAGAGGAUGGAGGGGGGGUUGCUGCACAGAGCCUAUGUGGGGAGAUGAAUAUAGCGGUGCAGAGAGACGGAGGGAGCUGCACAAACAGUAAAACAACCAGCAGUAGCCCACACACCAGGACUACACAUUAGCCUGCAACUGUGGUUUAUUGGUAGAUGGAGGAAACACCGGGAUUAUAAUCACACAUCACAAGUGACCAAGGAAAAGGGGAAACAAUCUCAGCCACUGGCAACACUUGGAGCAGAGGAAGACAAGAAGAGUGGAGGAGGAAACAAAGCAUAGAGCUGGAAGAGUGGAGGAGUGACCUGAGGUGGACAAAGAAAGCCAGAAGAAGAAGAAAAAGAAGAAGUGUGACAAGAUCAAGGCAGUGUUGCCGACCUCUGCCUGCUGAUCCAUGAUGAACCAGCUGCACAUGCUGCUGAUCCUUUUCCUGACCUUCAAACAGGGCGGUUGCAUGUUCUCCAGCAACCACUGGGGUGAAUGGAACGACUCGCAGCUUCAGCCAACAAUUCAGAAGCUCAUGAAAGGAUACAACCGCUACCUCAGACCCAAUUUUAAUGAAGGCCCUGUGGAAAUUGGAAUGAGCCUUGAUAUCGCCAGCAUUGAUGCCAUCUCUGAAAUCAAUAUGGACUACACUGCAACUAUCUUCCUCCGUCAACGCUGGCGGGAUUCCCGGCUGGUCUUCCCGGGAAACGAGAGUGUGAGCGUGGACGGACGCCUCGUGUCUCUGCUCUGGAUCCCUGACACCUUCAUCCCAGAUUCAAAGCGCUCCUUUCUGCAUGAUGUCACAGUAGAAAACCGCCUCAUACGCAUCUUCAGCAACGGAACUGUUCUCUAUGCCCUGCGCAUCACAGCUACAAUCGCCUGCAACAUGGACCUGACCAAGUACCCUAUGGACAAACAGGUGUGCACCCUGCAGCUGGAGAGCUGGGGCUACAACCUCCAGGACGUGGUGUUCUACUGGACCAGAGGGAAUGAUUCAGUGAAGGGCUUGGACACGCUGCGGCUGGCUCAGUACAGCGUAGAGAGCUACUAUACAUCAGUGUCAGAGGCUGUAUAUGAAACAGGACAAUACCCGAAGCUGGUACUGCAUUUUUCAUUGCGCAGAAAUGUAUUGUUCUUUAUCUUGGAGACGUAUGUUCCCUCCAUUCUGCUGGUGGCUCUCUCCUGGAUCUCUUUCUGGAUCAGCCAGUCCUCUGUUCCAGCUAGAACCUGCAUCGGAGUGACAACAGUCUUGACAAUGACCACUCUGAUGAUGGGCGCUCGCACCUCCCUGCCCAAUGCCAACUGUUUCAUAAAGGCCAUAGAUGUUUACUUGGGCAUCUGCUUCACCUUCAUCUUUGGUGCCCUGCUGGAGUACGCCUGCGCUCAUUUUUACACCAUGCAGCACCAGACUAUAGAGGAUUUACACAGGGACCUUCUGAGGGAGUUCAGUGAGUCUAAUGGAAACGGCUCGAUCCCCAUCGUCAGCUCCACCCAGCCAAACCAGUCUGUGGACGUCGGCUCCACCGCAGACGAGCCCGCUGAGCAGUCAGUCAACAGUGACCCGAAGAACCACACUGGGUCGAAAGAGGAGGUGACGAGUCAGGGCUGCGGCUUGUCCUCAGUGAAGAAUGCAUCACGUAGGGCGGCAUCAGUCUUCACUGUGGAAAAUCCACACAAUAUUGAUCGUCACGCCCGCACUGUUUUCCCCACAGCAUUCCUCUUUGUCAAUAUCUUAUAUUGGCUUUAUUAUCUCAUGCUCUGAGUGCUGGUUCCAAGCUGUUUCACCAUCCUGAAGCUGCUCUACCUCCUCAUUUGAGACCCUAAACCAGUGGCGACUGCCUGGAUCUGAACUGAUCUGACACAACCUUUUGUACCACGCAUAUAAUACCUUUUUAGGGCUACAAAUUGGUGAAAAGAAGUGGGUUGGGACUGCAAAUCAGAAAUUCCUCUUUGUAUCAUGCUUUGUAUUUAAAGCUACUGUAUUACUGACCUCGUAUGAAUAGGGGCCUCCUAAAACAUUAGCAUGUAAGAGUGAUAAAUAGCCUCCAUUAUCUACCGACGAAUCCAUAGAUCAAAUGAAGAUGAAUUAACUAGUUACAAACAGUAGCCUGCCUGAGCUGCACCACAUUACACUGUGCUGCAUUGAAUUGCCUUCAUUCAGUGACUGACGUGUUUCACUUUUCUUGUUUUGACUGUAAUACAUUGUUUGUAUGAGACUAUAUACUGUAUAUUUACAUCACAGCAUAUCAUGUGAAAUUAAAGGAAUAAAUCAGUGAAUGGGA